AUGGAUUCCCACUUGCCGAAUACCGGCAAGACCUGCAUGUUUGCUCCCUCCGCUAGCGUUGGUGAACCAUCGCGGCUGGAUCUUCCAGACCCUGUGAGCUCUUUGUGCAGCCGCCCGUCCACCACGUCUGGUCCUUCUCGUUUCCUGUCACCUAUUGAAGCUGUGGGCGAUGAAGGCAGCUAUGAGGAUGCGACUCAUCCUUCAGUCCUCGCUGGGAGGGAGCAGAACUUGAGGUGUGGAUUGGUGGCGGCUGACCUCAACAAGAGGGGAGUUGCAGAGUGCUUUGAAGAAUAUGGACUGAGGGACUAUUUUGACCAGUAUGGGCAGAGGAGAUUCUGCAACUUGUCGAUGAGUGUGGCAGCUCGCAGGCAUCCGCAGGUGUCAAGGGCCUUCGGUUCGACUUCGCAGCAUCUGAAUGACGUGAAGACCCAACAUCUCUUUUCGGCCAUCGCCUACCGUAAAGCGAGUGCGAUGAUUGAGCAGGACAGGCAGGCGCAUAGACAGCAGCGGGAGGUGCAGUUCAGAGGUUUGACGCAUGCGGAGCGAUUCCGCACCGCAGAUGUCCGUCGCCGGCAGCUCCAGCUGAUCCUGAGUGGCUUUCCGAAUUUGCAGGAUGCCGAAGUACCGUUCUUACCUGCAGGCACGACUGAAGAGGUGUUUCAACCAGUGGAAGCGACGUCGCGGCAACAAGAAAGAGAUGAUAGAAAGCGUUGUGAACGUCAAAAUGUGUACUUGGCGGAACGAAAUCCUCAGACGGUUUUUCUGGUGAAGCGUCAGGGCUGGAUCUUCAGCUACGAUGAUGUCCUGAGCAUUUGGGAAAAAUUGGAUGAUUGGAUGGGUGCCAUCUCACUUACUCCGCUCUGGGGGUUGGACAGGUCGACGUUCUCACAGUUCCUGGUGGACCUGAGUUUGAUCGACAAGGAUCACCUGCCCCACGUCUGGGCGCACCAAGUCUUUGAUGCCUAUGCCAAGCCAACGCGCCUGGCUGCUGGGGAUCCAGACUAUGAUGAGCCUCCGGAUGGACGUGAAAGGGCAGCCCUUUGCGUCUCACGCUGGGACUUCAUGCAUGUCCUGGAUAGGCUGCUGCGAACACGCUUCGACCUGAGUCCGCGAGAGGAAUUCCUCAGCCGCUUGCGAGCGGCCUACAACCAUUUGUGCCGGGACUGGAAAGCUCGAGAGGAGGAUAGCAAGAUUGCCGCUCAAGCUUCCGAACACAAGUGGCAAGCCUGGAAGCAACUCCUGGGCAACGUGCAGGUGAUGCAGCAGACCGUCGCGCAGCGCUUUGGUGGCUCCAAAAGUGCCAGAGGAGCGAAGUUCAAAUCCACUGUGAAGCCCAUCAAGGACGAUGGCCGGAUCAAAGAAAGCCACCGCUGGAAGUUCGACCGCCAUGUCUGCUGCAUGCUGAAGGAACCUGAGGUCAUGCAGAUUGUGGAGCAGUUCCGGGAAGUCUUUUCUACAAUCUUUGACUGUUAUGCCAGUCAACGCGAGAAGCGGCAUAUGGCAGAGAUGGAUUUGGUGUCCCUAUGCUAUGACCUUUGCUUGGUUCCGGACUUGGCACCACGACAUGAAGUUCAUCGAGUGUACAUGAUGGCCGAGUGCUUGGAUAAGCACCCCACUCCAUCACUGGCCUCAUCGUUGACAUCAGAUUUGUCCAAUGUCUCAAUGCUCUCCGUUCCUUCCGGAGGUUCCUCGAAGGAUGGGCUGAAGAAGAGUUCCAAGCCCAAGUUGAAGACGUCCAUGGCCGAGGUGGUGAAAUCCAAAAGGAAACUGAUCCAUGGAAUGACCAGGUCGGAGAAGUCCAUUUCUUCGUCAGAUUCUUUCAAGUUUGAAGGUGCAGACUUCGGUGUCGGAGCGCUGGCGGAAUGUCUUUGCCGCAUCGUCUUUGGCCACUUGUUGGUCUACGGCAACAGCUUGCAGCAGAUCAUGUCUUCAGAAGCGAGGUUUGUUUGGCUCAUGAGCUAUCUGGUGCACGUUUUGCGUGAGGCAAGAGCUGGUGAAAGCAAAGGCUCGAUGCCAGACUGGCCUGGCUGGAGAGGAAGUGCCUGGAGCAGCUUGCUGGAACACUUGCGCGACGAGGACUUUAGCAAUGCAACUCGGCCCAUGGCACAAGCGGCUCCAGUAGAGAUGGACGGCCUGGAGCGUGCCACCAGCCAUCGACCGGCAGCUCACUCAAACAGCGAUACAGAAGAUGAAGGGAGCCCCACUGACAAAGAGCAGCGGGCAACCUUCCAGCUCCCCAGCUUUGCCAAAGAUGCACCCGACCUCUCCAAUUGGCUUUUCGCCAAGUUGCUGGCGUGCCGCGAGCAACUCUGCUUCACGAAAACGAUGCCAAGGCAGGACCACAUUGAGGGCAUUGAACUUUUUGGAACGUGUAUGGAAGGUGUGAGGCGCAGCCCAUCCUGGGACUUGUUCGCAGAGGGCGGGCCAGCAGACGUCUGCCUGACCCCCCGGGGUCAAAGGAGAGCCAACUUGGCUUGCAUUGCCAGGGGUGAAGCGCCGGCACCAGCUCUCGCACAGCUGCAGCGGCCAGCGCAGCAUGGCGCUUUGUGCCUUGGACAGCUGCGAACGCAGCAGAUGCUGAGAAAGGCCAUGGAGAAGAAGGCUCCUCUGAUCAAGGUGCAGGCAGAGAAGCGCUCCAACGAACUCGGCGGGGGUCAAUUACCUCGAGAACUGCCUUCCCAGUUGAAGUUGCACUUGCCGCUGGUGGCUUGGGAACAGUUCCGUGAUACGAUCAAUGGAGCGCUCAAGAAGGAGAAGGCUACGCGUCGAAGAAUUCACAACACCAGCGGAGUGCCUACUUUACUCGGCGCGGGCUGUGUCAUCGGUUCAGCUCUAGGUAUGAUCCUGCUGCAUGUCCUUCAAUUUGACUCCACUUUUGGUGAAGCGCUGCUGGCUGUGCCUCCGGCGGUGGCUUUGUGCUUUUGGGCAGUCACGCGGAUCCUGCUGAUGAAACAUGCGCGGAAACAUCAGCGAUGCAUGCAGGAAGUCAUCAGCAGUUGGAGGAAAGCCUGCGACAAGCUCAUGAGGGAACACCGCGCCCUGGCUGUCAGCAUAGCGACUGGCACGGAGGAAAUCGCAGCAAUGGACUGGUUUGGGAGAGCUUCGCAGCAUGUGAAGGAUGUCUUUUGCCUUGAUUUCCGGAUCAUUGAUGAACAUCUUGGCAGAGAGUUCCGCAGGAGCCUCCCUAACGUCAGCUUCACCAUGGAUACAGAUGACAAAGACAGCACACGUCCACCCAGUGGCGGCAGUGGGAGUUCUGCUUUGCGUGUUGCCGGGAUGGCGGAGGUUGAUCUGCAGCUUCGGCCGAUGUCAGCUCCAGACGUGGGCGAUGCAGAGGUGGUAAAUGUGGCUGGCUCAACAGCAUCCAACUGGACCACCGCAUCAGGCACCUCCAGAGCCAGUCGAGAGGCUUGGACAUAG